ACUACUUUUAUAGAAAUAAUCAUAAUACUAUGAUAAAUAUAAAUAAAUGAAUUUAAAUUUAUCAGUAUUAUUUUUUUUGUAAUAUUAAGGAAUGUAAUUUCCCUCUUUAUUUGUAUCAUAUCAUGUCAUUAAAAAAUUUGUGAAAUAUCAAAACGAUAGUGAUGUUUGUACCUGAAACAACAUACUGUAGAUAUGUUUAAAAUAUGACUAAUUAUUAUACAUUGAAGUUAUGAUGAAAUUGAUGACACAUUUGUGUGUUCCAAUAUAAUUCACCCUAAGCUAUUGUUAGUAACUUCAAAUAAUCUUAUUUGUUAUAUUAUCAAUUCGUAUUGACUAAAAGGGACAAAAUUAUUUGACAUUAUGAACUGUAAUUAAUAACAAAGCGCCAACAUCCAAUUCAUAGUUCAGGGACAUCAGAUAUGAAUGGUCCCCAAUAACUUGUGAUUACGUCGAACAAUUUUUGGCUUAGAUAUUCGACUCAAACCAAUAGGGAUUGAUUUUUUGUUUAUUUCCAACCGGUAAAUCCCCCAAUUCUCUAUUACCAGUAUAAAUUAAGGGGCCAUAUUUAUAAAAGAGUAGUAAAGUAGGUCGCCAUGUCGUUCGCGAUCGUGUUGCCAUUAAUGCUGUUGUGUACAACAAUGUCAGAUGUUGGUGCGUUACAAACACGUGAUCAAAUAAUCAAAGAGGAGCUGGCCAAUUUCGUUGGUGGACGCGUUAAUCUAACCGAAAAAGAAUUAAAGGUCAACGACCUGGUGUUGCAGAAGAAAGUCAUCGAGUUGAACGAGGGGUACAAAAAUCCAUCAAAGUUUUGGCCGUCCGUGCAUUUUUUUGAAGCAAAGCAUCACGUCGAUGGGUCUGAAGUGUUCGACUUGAUUCGGCGUUUACCCAAAGGAGCCUCACUGCAUACUCACGUGUUGGCAGCUGUAUCCAAUGAAUUCGUCAUUACCAACCUGACUUAUCUUGAGAACCUGUACGGGGGAUACGUCAACGGAGUGUUCAAGCUUAAGUUCUUCCAACAUGGGAAACAAACAACGGAGUAUAAACCUUUGGAGCACUACAGACAAACACAAGACAACUUCGAUGAUUGGCUGCUGAAGAAGUUGUCCUUGGUGGUGGACAACGUGGAGGAAAGUUAUCCGAGUGUCACUGACGUUUGGGCAAAAUUCAAGCAAACCUUCACCACCCUCUAUGACAUGGUUUGUUACAAACCAGCUUUCCAGAUCUACAUCACACAGCUCCUGAACGAGCUUUACGAGGACAACGUUUUGUACACGGAGCUGAAGGGCACCUUCAUGCCUUUGUACGAACUAGAUGGAACCACCUACAACACCAGGGACUUCUUUCGAAUAUUCAUCAACACAGUGGAAGACUUCAAGAAGCAACACCCCGACUUCCUAGGCGUCAAGUACAUCCACUCAGUAUACAGAGGCGUGGACAACGAAGUGCUAAGCGACGCCUUGGAAGCCUUAAUUGAACUCAAAGAGGAAUUCCCCAACUUCAUUGCCGGCUUCGACUUCGUGGGGUACGAAGAGGAAGGCAAAACCCUCUACGAUUACCGACAUGAAUUGCUGAACGCCUCCAGACACGGCAUGAAGUUCUUCUUCCACGCAGGCGAGACCAACUGGUUCGGCCACACAGACUUGAAUCUCGUGGACGCUGUUUUAUUGAACGCGUCCAGAAUCGGCCACGGAUUCGCCCUGGACAAGCACCCUAAUUUAAUAAAACUGGGGAAGGAAAAGAACAUUCCUAUAGAACUGUGUCCUAUUUCUAAUCAAGUGUUAAUGUUAGUGAAGGACCUCCGCAAUCAUCCGGCGGCUAGUUUGAUGGCUCAGGAUUAUCCGGUGAUUGUUGGUAAUGAUGAUCCCUCGCUUUGGAAUGCGAGUGGUCUUAGCUACGAUUGGUACGUGACCUUCAUGGGAAUGACACCUGAAGGUGUUGGUUUAGGUUUCCUGAAGCAGUUGGCGAUCAACUCGUUGAAAUUUAGCGAGAUGAACGACGACGAAAGGGCGAGAGCCUACGAGAUAUGGAAUCAGAAAUGGAAUAUAUAUUUAGAUCUUGUAUUAGCCAACAGUUAAAUGCUUUAAAUUUGAAUUUAUUUAUUUAUUUAUUUAUUAGUUUUAAGUUAUAAGUGUUAUUUUUAAACAGAUGUAGAAUCCUUUAUAAAUAGAAUAUUUAAAU